UUGUCAGUCACUGUGUCAGCUGAAAAUUCAUCAGACAGGCAUUCGCGAAGCGCUACCAGUAUAGAGAAACUUGGUUUUCAGUCAUGUGGAAAGUUUUACUCCUCUGAAUGGAAUCUGGAAAGACAUCGCCGAGAGUCAUGCCCCGUGAAAGGAAAAGGAGCAUCGCCAGCGCGUGAGCCGGCUGAAAGCGCAGUCAAUGACGAGACAAGCGUUCAAGUUGGCCAUACACUUUUCCUUCUGUCAAGAUCUGCUCUGUCUCGUGCCUCGGCAUAUUUUGCCCAACUGUUCGCUAUGCAUGAUCCAUCUAAAGGAGAACUCCGGCUAGAACUUGAUCCCACUCAUUUUCAAUCGCUCUUGGAUGUGUACAACAACCCUAACAACCUUAAUCAAUACAACAUAGACGCCGUUGUGGUCUUGGCUAAUCGGCUCAAAUUCAGUACCGUUUUCGACAGUUGUGAAAGAUACAUCGCUGAACAGCUGCCACAGAUCUCAGUGAUGCACGCUAUACGUUUAGCAGAACAGUUGAAGCUUUCGUCUAUAAAGCAGCGGCUUUUCGACACAAUUUCAAUAGACGUUUUUAGAUCUCUGGCCUCUGACGAGCAGUACAAGAAGAUGGAUGCGGAAUUAAAGGCUGAGCUUCUUGAGAAAUGGGGAACGUUCCUCUGA